CAUAGAGAACAAGUUCGGGGUUUCUACAGGGGAGUUGCCUUCUCCCCCAGAACCUCACCAAGUGCUUCUUCUUAACUUCAGCGCCCCUCCAAGGCGGCUUUCAGCUCCGUACAGAGCCCACAAAUGGCGAGAAGCCAGCGCAAGAACGGAAACCUUCGUUCGCUGGUUGUGGUCUCGUCACGACAUCCACCGGAAGUCUGGCCAGGCUGAGCUUGAGGGAACCAAAGCGAUCGGAUGGAUGCCCAAAGAGGCCGCCCCAGACCCCAAGGGGGCUUCCUUUGUCCUCUUCUCUGGCUUCUCUGGCUACUGGGCAACCCCUCCCUCUUUUGCAAGAAGCCAUUUAAUUGGAGGAGGGCUUCAGAGCACUCUGUUCUCUGGGGGAGGGGCUGAGAAAUGCGCUGUCCCAGAAGGAGCCAAUGAGCAGCUUCCUCUUCCAGGUUCAGCAAAGGAGGAAAGGGGACUGAAGAGCCCCAUGGCAACCUCAGGGGAAACAACAGCCUUGGGCGAGCUGAGCCAGGAGGCCACCUGCCUGCUCUGCCUGGACUUCUUCGAGCAGCCGAUGGUCCUGUCCUGCGGGCACAACCUGUGCCGCGACUGCUUGGCCCAGUUGGGCCCUGAGGCUUCCUGCCCCCAGUGCAGAGCCAAGGUGGAGCCCAGCAGCGCCUGCCCCAACCGGGCCCUGGCCAACAUGGUUCGCCUGGUGAAGAAGCUUCGGCUGUCAGAGGGAGCCCAGGAGGAGGGCAGCGGCCAACGGCUGUGCCAGGAACACGGGCAGCCCCUGCAGAGCUUCUGCUCCCACGAGAAGAGCCUCCUCUGCCCCGGCUGCCUGGAGGGGCACCAGGGCCACCUGCUCCUCUCUCUGCCCGAGGCUGCAAAGGGGUACAAGGCCAUGCUGGAUGGCCUCCUGGAGCCCCUGAGGAAGGAGAAGCAGAAGUUGCUGGAGCAGAGGCGGGUUGAGGAGCAGAGCCGACAAGAGUGCCAGGAGCUGCUUGCCGCGGAGAAGCAGGAGGUGAGCCUGGCGCUGGAGUCCCUGCAGGAGCUGCUCCGAGAGAGGCAGCCAGUCUGGCUGGGCUGCCUGGCCGAGCAGGAGGAGAAGAUGGAGGCUGAGUGGGUGGUGGCCCUUGCCAAGCUCUCCGGGGAGGCCUCCCGCCUGCAGCAGCUGAUGGCCCAGACGGAGGGGAAGUGCCGCCAGCCGGACGGGAAAUUCUUGCAGGACAUCCAGGACACCGUAGACAGGUGCCAGAGUUACGUGGUAGGGCGCGUAGAGAGCAUCUCUCCCAGGCUGCAAGGCAGACUCCGCACCCUCUUGGAGAACAACGCUUUUGUAAGGCAGACUGUGAAUAAUUACAAAGGAAAGAGCCACGGGGGAGAGGGCGCUUACAGCUUCCCGGGCAUAGAAGAGCCCAGCGGGGGUCUCGGUGUUGAGCUGGGCUUUGUGAGAAGUGGGGUGGGGGCCUUGGAGAAGCCCCUGAUUUUAACUUCUAUCCCUUCCUCCCCAGCACCUGCUGCAGGAAAGUCAAGAUAUCCUCAAGUCUCCGUCAUUCCGAACGACUCAACUGCCCACCCCUGGCUCCUGUGCCAGGGCUUCGCUGUGACUUGGGCCGACAGAUACCAGAAUUACCCAGAUGUGCCCGGGAUGUUCAGCCGGGAAUUCUGUGUCCUGGGCUAUCAAGGAUUCAACAAAGGAUGGCACUGGUGGGAGGUAUCCGUGAAGGAGGCGGAAGACAAUGCCCUGGUGCGGGGUGCAGCAUGCUGGGCCGUUGGGGUGGCCAAGGAGUCCGUCUGCAGGAAGGGGACCUUCCAGCUGAGCCCCCAGGAGGGAAUCUGGGCCGUGGGGAGGAGUGUUAAAGGGGAGAUGGUCACUUUCUCCAAGGUUCAGCAGAAGCUGCAGUGGUCAAGGCAGAGACUGCAGGUGAGCUUGGACUACGAGGCGAAAAAAGUGGAAUUCCUGGAUGUGGAGAUGGAGGCUUCCCUCUACACCUUCCAGACGGGGCCCCUCCAAGGGGAGACGCUCCGGCCUUUUUUCUAUCUGGGCCAGGAGGGGGUCACUCUUAAAUGUGAGGAAUAUCCACUUCUAAAACGUCUUUAA